AGUCUUUUAAGACCAAAGUAUAGUAGGAGUACAAUGAUAGUGUGGUGUAAGAGUACGCAUUGUCAAUGUAAUGAAAAACUGAUAAUAGUGUAAUAUUUAAGUGUGAUCAGUCAACCAUCUAUGAUCCACGGGGGGGCUCUGAUGGGCGGGGAUGACAUAUGACUGCCUUUGUUUUGGGAGAUUCCACCUGCGGCGGCGGCGACGACUCCGGCGAGGAUGCCGCCGGCCACGACAAGAAGCAGGCGCUCAAGUACAAACUCGCCGCCGUAGCUUCCAUCCUGGUGGCCGGCGGCCUCGGCGUUUCCCUCCCGGUGGCCGGGAGGAGGGUCCGGUGCAUGAGCCCGGACGCGAGCCUCUUCUUCGUGGUGAAGGCGUUUGCGGCGGGGGUGAUUUUGGCCACCGGAUUCGUCCACGUCCUCCCGGACGCCUUUGAGAACUUGACUUCCCCGUGCCUCGGGGAGAGACCCUGGGGUCAGUUCCCGUUCGGCGGGUUCAUCGCCAUGCUGGCGGCCAUGGGGACUCUCAUGGUGGAUUGCUUCGCCACGUCUUAUUUCGCCAAGAGAUGCUCCGGCGACGGGAAGGUGGUCGCCGGCGAGGAAGCCGUGACGGUCCACGUCCACACGCACGCCACUCACGGCCAUGCACAUGGCGGCCAACAUGUCGUCUCAGAUGUGGAGUCUUCCUCUUCCAAUAAUCUUCUUCGACACCGUGUCGUAUCUCAGGUUUUAGAGGUGGGAAUAGUAGUUCACUCAGUGAUAAUUGGAGUAGCAUUGGGUGCAUCUCAAAGUCCUAAAACCAUAAGACCUUUGGUGGCUGCAUUGACUUUUCACCAGUUCUUUGAGGGUAUGGGACUUGGUGGCUGCAUUGCCCAGGCAGAGUUGAGGUCGAAGGCAAUUGCAGUGAUGAUUGCAUUUUUCUCCCUGACGACUCUGGUGGGGAUCGGCAUCGGAAUCGGAAUAUCAAAUGUAUACGACGAGAACAGCCAAAAGGCGUUGAUAACAGAGGGCGUUUUCAACUCCGCGUCCGCCGGAAUCCUAAUAUAUAUGGCCCUCGUCGAUCUGCUAGCCGCCGAUUUCAUGGACCCGAGGAUGCGCCGCAAUAUGAAGUUGCAAUUUGGAGCUAAUGCCUCGCUUCUCUUAGGCGCUGGCUUGAUGUCUCUCUUGGCCAAGUGGGCUUAAUCUUUUUUUUUCCUUUGAGUUCUCUCCUUUCCCCUCUUUUAUGUAUGAUUAUAUUAGGCAAUUCUUCAAAUUUUCUAGGAACCUUCCUUGACCACAAAUUGUGAUAAAUAUAUAUUUAAUUAUUAUAUAAAUGCAAUAUACUACCUCUGUCCUA